AUGACGCGCCGAGUCCUCGGCACCGGGCUGAAGAAAGAAUGCGUGCCGUCCGUCUCUGUCCGGAAGCGCAAUGGCAAGAAAGCCCACGUGUCCCGAGCCGCCCAGCUGGAGGCCAAGUUGGAAGACCUCGUCACGCUGCUCCGACAUCAGGCCGCCGCGACAGACAAGGUGUCAUCUCCCGUUGAUACGGCGGGCAGCACCUCUGCCAGCACGCCGGCCAUGAGCAAUCACUCGAACACGAGCCGUACCGAAGACAGCUCGCCGUUCUCCUGCGCCCCUGCAAUCCUACCUUUCCAAAAGCCCGACUCAGAACCCGGUAGAGCCCGGGCAUGGCCCCCCCGUGACAACCUCCUUCCGGGCCCUUUUGGUUCUGUGUCUCGAGACACGGUCUCGUCAGUGCCCUCAGUGGACCUGCCAUCCAUCCAGCCGGACCCCGCCGAGGCUGAAGAGAGCCUCGCGACUUUCCGCAAGUACAUGCUCAUAUUCAUACCUUUCGUGCAUUUGCCUGCUACUAUGACUGCGGAGGGGCUCAAAGUGCAAUAUCCGUUUUUGUGGUUUAACAUUAUGGCCAUCACCUGCAAAAACGCGGACCGGCGUGUCGCUAUGUGUGAAGCGGGAAAGAGGUAUUUGGCCCAGAAAAUGCUAUUCGAAAAUGAGAAAAACAUCGAUCUUCUUCUCGGCCUGGUUGUGGUCCUGGGCUGGACUCAUUAUUAUCUUAGGAGAGAUAAGCCGAUUCUUUCACUCCUGGCUUCUCUUGCAAAGUCUCUGGUGUUUGACCUGGGCCUCAACAAAAUCCCCGGCGAGGGGUACAUUGCGGUCUGCCUGAAGAUGUCCUAUCUCCCUGCCCCCAAGGAGAAGACUAUUGUAGAGAUGCGAGCUGUGCUAGCAUGCUUUUUGCUUACUUCACAAAUAUCGCACUCGUUGAAAAGACUGGAUGCGUUGAACUGGACGCCCCACAUGGACGAGCACCUCCAGACACUCUCUCGGCAGCCAGAAUGGGAAGGCGACGAUCUACUGGUGGCCCAGGUCAAAGUUCAGCUGAUAAUCGAGCAACUGACCCGCGCUACGUCCCAAUCACCGGACGGUAUCCCACCGGGUUACGUCCUGUCUUCUCUGCGGUCGCAGCUGCGCAGCACGAAAGCCCAGCUCCCCGGCCAUCUUCAGCAAAACGACACGAUCCUCAGUCACAUAUCCUACGCCGAACUCGCAAUCCUCGAGCUGGCCAUGGCCAAGCCAAAAUCAACUUUCAACGGCACCAUAUCCGAUAUGGAACGCUACGAGGCCAUGGAAGCAAGCCUUUGCGCAGCCAAGGAAUGGUUUGACAGACACUUUUCGAUUCCGCCUUACGUCUAUGUCGGCAUGACCUUCCCUUACUGGUGGAAUAUGGCUCACUGUCUCGUGACGAUCCACCGCCUGUCAAUCCUCGAUGAUCCGGCCUGGGACCGCCAGGCCGUCCGGAGCAAGUGCGACCUGAUCGCCUUUUGCGACCGGCUCAGGCUUGGGUAUGAGGAGGUCGCUGCGCUGCGGCGGAUGGAGGUCGGGCCAACGGAAGAGGAGGACACGUUUGCCAGGUUCGUCAAGCUGAUGACGUUAAUGAAGAACAGCUGGGCUCGCGACUUGUCUGCAGUGGAAGGGAACCCCAAGCUGGGGUCAGCAGCACCCGCGGAGCCUCUCAUCAAUGGGAAUAUCGAUGGGCUGAUUGAGCCGUUCCUUCAGCCGGAAGACUCGGAUACGUGGCUCGCAGGCUUCUUCGACAUGAACUGGGACGUAUAG